AUGGCCACCGCUGAGGGCCCCGCGAGGGCGCACGGUACAGUGUCCCGAGGCAUUCUUGCUAGGAUCUACUGGUUGUCUAACGCCCUGUUUCCCGCAGAUCGAAACGGUCGUCGCCACCCAUUCUCGAGCUGGAUGAAGCGUCUCGCCAACCUCAAAAAUUCCACCGAUUCAGGCAGCAUCCGCUGGUCCAACAAACUCCAUUCUAUGCCCAAACACAAAGGCCGAGGCCGGAAGAACAACCCCUACCCACUUUCGGGCACCACGCAUGUUAUCAGCGAAUAUAACAGUGACAACAACACCUCGGAUGCCAGCGACGUGAGUGAACCACGCUCGGGCUCGCAGAGCGAGCCCUCCCUUGCAUAUUCGGGAUACGAGAAUCAGGUUCCAGCCACCAGUGCAAAGUCCACCGCACCCACCAUCUCCACCAACGCCGACACCGCCAUAUCGGAUGCCGCCUGUUCCAAAGCCGGGACCAUGGCAACGGCCGGCGGGGGUAUCAGCUCGACUGGCGGCGGCGAAGGCAGCACUUUUUCAUCCCCGGCGCCGUCGGUGCGGUCUCUGACGACAACCUUGACUACCGUGCAGUCCGCGGCGCCGUCUGGUCACCUCUACAAUGCGCAAAAUGCGCACCACGCCCAUCACCAUGCGCAUCCGAUGCAAGGUGGCGCCCCUCAGCAGGUACAAUUUACACACCAAUUUCCCCCUUCUCCGGCCACCGCAGUUCCGCCCCACCUUGCCCCUCACGGCCAUUCCGUCACGUAUAGCACGGCCACCGCCAACAACAUCUUGACCGACAAUGCUUCGAUCCUGACGCUUGCGUCCUCAUCCAAACGACGCCGGAGAAACUCGUUGGAUACGAACGCGUCGGUGCGCGCCUUGGCUCCGUCCUCGGUGUUUGGUGGCAGCCGAGAGAGUCUGCCUUUAAGCGUGCUCAGUGGCAGUGUAGCCGAAUCCCCAAAUAACCCCGGAGUGCUUAAUAGACCGAGUAUGGUUGGGUUGGCUAGCGCAGAGCGGAUUAGCGUGUACUCAUCGUCGGGCGUGGCACCUGUCAGUGGGAACGGCGAGCGCGGCAGCUUCUAUGCCAACAAGCAGAAUUCGGUCACCGGGGACGGUGCCAGCGUUGUUAGUGCUGCUCAGUCACAUGCCCGGCAUGAUAGCAAUGCCGCAAGUAUCUCCGGUGGCAUUAGCAGUCCCUUGAACGGCCCAUCCGCCAGUCAACCUAUGGCGACCGGGCGAAUUAGUCGUCGUAGCUCGGGCUGGGGAGAAAUCCCGGGCGACGAAAACGAGGAAGAAAAACCCAGGGAAAGAAAGGGAUAG